AUGGGCACAGCGGAGGCGCCACGGUUCCUGCCCUUCGCCUUCCCCGACGGGGUGGCGGGCCAGCUGGCGGCGGAGCGCGGAGGGGGGAGCCUCCCGGGCCCCAGGACGGAGCGAGGCAGCUGGGCCGGCGGCGGGCCCAGGAAGAGGAAGCGGACCACCUUCAGCCGGGGCCAGCUGAGCCAGCUGGAGCGCGUCUUCGCCGCCCUGCCCUACCCGGACAUCGGCACCCGGGAGCGCCUGGCCGAGCUCACACAGUUGCCCGAGGCCAAGAUCCAGGUCUGGUUCCAGAACCGGCGCGCCCGGAGGAUCAAGACCAGCCCCGCGGUGGAGGCGCCUGCCUGCCGUCGAGGCAGCCUGGCCAGCAGCAAGCAGUCGGGUCUGGGCGUCUCGCCGCAACUCUGCAAGCAGCAAGCCUCUCCGCUAGCCGGAGGCUCCUCGGGCGGGGAAGACGCGCCGGGUCCGCCCCCUCGGUGGCCGGUAGAGGAGGAGGAGGAAGGCGCGGCCGUCUGGACGGCGCUGUCCAGCUGCUGGGACGCCUUCCCCGCGACGCCCACCUCCCUGGGCUCCAUCUCCGACCUCAUCUACAGCGCCGCCCUGGUGGCCAACCUGGGGGAACUCUAG